AUGUAUCCCCUCAGUAGCCCUGCCUUUGUUACUCUCUACGGUCUUUUCCAGACUUUCCUAUCUGUGGGCCCUGGCGACUGCAACUUUCUGGUCAGCAGUGAGAGCUUUCCUACUCCUCUUCGCGGGCAUUUCCUCGGAUUUGCUGCAGCUGUUGGCAAGGUUGGUGCGGUGGCGGGUACACAGGCACUCAGCAAGUGCCUCGUUAGCUUUGAUGAUAAACUUCAAGGUCAGCAGGUUGUCUUUCUUAUUGGAAGCGCCAUCUCGGUUGUUGGGGUGUUCUGUGUGUGGUUUUUGAUUCCAAACCACCCGAAGACACUUGAAGAGGAAGAUGCUCGCUUCAAGGCCUUUUUGGAGAAGAGUGGCUAUGAGACAAGUCAGAUGGGCCUGAAAGUAUAG